AUGGCACAAAAACUGGAAGCCAUAGGUAGCACAAAUGGCUUUACAUUCGAUGAUGGAUCUGACCAUGACGGUGUUUCCAAGAUUUUUGUUGGAGGUGGUCUUCAGGGAAUUCUUUACAUGGAAUUUGAAUAUGUAAGGAGUGGACAGCUUAAAUUUGGAUCACUCGUUGGUCGCCGUCAUAGAGGUUUCAUAGAGACGUUUGAGAUUAACCAUGUCAAAAAUGAACAUCUCGAAUCUGUAGAAGGUUACUAUGAUCAUGAAUCCGGUUACAUUCAAGGACUUCAGUUCAAAACUAAUUUCAGAGUUUCAGAACUGAUUGGAUAUGAAAAGGGUAAUAAGUUUACACUUGAAGUUAAGGGAAAAAAGAUCAGUGGCUUUCAUGGAUAUAUGAGGAAGAGAAACAUCCUCGCCCUUGGAGCAUACUUCACUAUGAUUCUUCCUAGUAGACUGGACGUGAAAGGCGGCAAGGGAGGCCAUCAGUGGGAUGAUGGAGCUAACCAUGACGGUGUAACAAAGAUUCAUGUACGAGGUGGUUUUGACGGCAUUCAAUAUAUCAAAUUUAAUUAUGUCAAGAAUGGAGAAACCCAAGAUGGACCAAUCCAUGGUAUCUCCGGUAGCGGUUUCACACAGACGUUUGAGAUAAACCAUUUCAACGAUGAACAUUUGGUUUAUGUUGAGGGUUACUACGAUGAUGCAUCUGGUGUAAUUCAAGCACUUCAAUUCAAAACUAACCUCAAGACUUCAGAUGUUUUAGGAUAUGAAAAGGGUAAGAAGUUUUUACUAGCAGACAAAGGUAAGAAAAUCAUUGGCUUUCAUGGAUACGCUGAAAAGAAUCUCAAUUCUCUUGGAGCAUACUUCACAACGGUUUCUCUUACCAAAUCCGAACGCCAUGGUGGUUCUGAAGGCGUAUACUGGGAUGAUGGUGUUUUCGAAAGCGUAAGAACGGUGUAUGUUAGUUAUGAUACCAAUAACGUAAAGAGUAUCACGUUUCACUAUCACAACCGCACAGUUAUAGAGCGUCAACAUGGGUGGCAGACUAUACAAGAUGAUUUAGAAGAAGAAGAGUUUGAGCUCGACUAUCCAAAUGAAGUGAUUACAUAUGUAGAGGGGACUUUCAAAAGAUUUGGGCCUGGCAAGACGAGGAUAACGUCAUUGAUAUUCAAAUCAUCUGAAGGGAGAACCUCUCCGUCAUUUGGAGUAGUGUAUGGUACCAAAUUUGUGCUAGAGAAAAAAGGUUGUGCUGUGGUUGGGUUUCAUGGACGGCAUGAUGAUCGAGAUCUUGUUUCUAUUGGAGCCUAUUUUUCUCCAAUGCCUCCUCCUACUGCAGAGAAAUUAAGAGCACAAGGUGGUCUUCGAGGAGAAUCAUGGGACGAUGGUGUUUUCGAUAGUGUUAGAAAGUUAUACGUUGGACAAGGUGAUAAUGGUGUUGCAUUCCUUAAGGUUGUGUACGGGAGGGACACUCGUAUUGUUAUUGGUGAAGAUCAUGGAAACACAACACCACUUGAAGUCAAAGAGUUUGAGCUCGAAUAUCCAAGUGAAUACAUUACAGCCGUGGAUGGUUGUUAUGACAAAGUAAUUGGAAGUGAAGUUGAAGUUAUAACUAUGCUUAGGUUUACAACGAACAAACGAACAUCUAUUCCCGUAGGAUUCGUAUCUACCUCGAGCUUUUUACUGUACAAAGAUGGCUUUAAAAUUGUUGGAUUCCAUGGAAAGUCAAGUAACAUGAUUAAUCAACUUGGGGUCCAUGUUCUGCCCUUCACUUAUUAA